AUACAAUCUUUAUAAGCUUUCUGUGAAGAAGUUGGGGGAAUAGAUAGCCACAUCCCAUUUGCAGAUAAGAAAGGAGGCUAAUUUGGUAUCUCUGCCAAGCCUGGAGUCUGACUCAGUAUUUCUCUCGUUCAUGCACAUAAAGCAGCUACAAAUGACACAGUUUAUUCAAUGUGCACCAGACACUGUGCCAAGCACCUUAUGCACAUGAACUCAUUGAAUCCUCACGACCAGUUCAUGAGAUUCUCUGCGAAACUCAACCGUAAUGGAGUACAUGAGCACUGGAAGUGACAAUAAAGAGGAAAUUGAUUUGUUAAUGAAACAUUUAAACAUGUCUGAUGUAAUAGACAUUAUGGAAAAUCUUUAUGCAAGUGAAGAGCCAGCAGUCUACGAACCCAACCUGAUGACCAUGUGUCAGGACAGUAAUCAAAACCAGGAGCGCUCAGACUCUCUGCUGCUUAGUGGCCAAGAGGUGCCUUGCUUGUCGUCAGUCAGAUAUGGAACCGUAGAGGAUUUACUUGCUUUUGCAAACCAUAUAUCCAAUACCUCAAAGCAUUUUUAUGGACACCGACGGCAAGAGUCUGGAAUUUUAUUAAAUAUGGUCAUCACUCCCCAGAAUGGACGCUACCAAAUAGACUCUGAUGUCCUCCUGAUCCCCUGGAAGCUGACUUACAGGAAUAUUGGCUCCGAUUUCAUUCCUCGGGGGGCCUUUGGAAAAGUGUACUUAGCACAAGAUAUAAAGACGAAGAAAAGGAUGGCAUGUAAACUGAUCCCAGUAGAUCAAUUUAAACCAUCCGAUGUGGAAAUCCAGGCUUGCUUCAGGCACGAGAACAUCGCGGAGUUAUAUGGCGCUGUCCUGUGGGGUGAAACUGUCCAUCUCUUUAUGGAAGCUGGUGAAGGAGGAUCUGUUUUGGAGAAACUGGAGAGCUGUGGACCCAUGAGAGAAUUUGAAAUCAUUUGGGUGACAAAGCAUGUUCUCAAGGGACUCGACUUUCUACACUCAAAGAAAGUGAUUCACCAUGAUAUUAAACCUAGCAACAUUGUUUUCAUGUCCACAAAAGCUGUUUUGGUGGAUUUUGGACUGAGUGUUCAAAUGACUGAAGAUAUCUAUUUUCCUAAGGACCUCCGAGGAACAGAGAUUUACAUGAGCCCAGAGGUCAUCCUGUGCAGGGGCCACUCAACCAAAGCGGACAUCUACAGCCUGGGUGCCACACUCAUUCACAUGCAGACGGGCACCCCACCCUGGGUGAAGCGCUACCCUCGUACAGCCUAUCCUUCCUACCUGUACAUAAUCCACAAGCAAGCGCCUCCCCUGGAAGACAUUGCCGCUGACUGCAGUCCAGGCAUGAGAGAGCUGAUUGAAGCUGCCCUGGAGAGGAACCCCAAUCACCGCCCAAAGGCCGCAGACCUGCUGAAGCACGAAGCCCUGAACCCCCCCAGGGAGGACCAGCCACGCUGUCAGAGCCUGGAUUCUGCCCUCUUUGAGCGCAAGAGGCUGCUGAACAGGAAGGAGCUGGAACUUCCAGAGAACAUUGCUGAUUCUUCAUGCACAGGAAGCACUGAGGAAUCUGAGAUGCUGAAGAGACAACGUUCUCUCUAUAUAGACCUUGGAGCUCUGGCCGGCUAUUUCAAUUUUGUUCGGGGUCCUCCAACACUCGAAUAUGGCUGAAUGAUGCCAUUUUGCUCUAAAUUAAGACAACAUUUCUAUCUUGGAAGCUGAUUCUGCUGACUCUACUCAGUGGCUCUGGAUAGUGAUUUAUGCCAUUUCUUAGGGGACAGUCUGGACUCUGAUGACUCAUGAAUGUCACUCCACGUGGUUCCCAUGGAUUCAAUUUGUGAAGCUACUCUGGUACACACCAGGUCUCAAAGUUCUCAUUUCUUAGGGGUGUGACUCCAAGGACAUCAGUUGAGAGAGCAUGGAAGGAUCGUUUCUGCUGACUGAUUCCAUUCACUGUGCACUUUGCUCAAAAUUGUUAAAAUACCAAUCACAAUGAUAAUGUAUUAGCCAAAAGUUAUUCUUCUUGGUUCUUAUUUAAGUAUGGGAUCUUCAUUUUAACUCAGAAUAGUUGUUUUGUGUAUAUUGGUGUAUAUUAUAACUCUUUGAGCCUUUCUCAUUAGUUCUGGUAUAAAUGGAAUUCAUUAUAUUUUGGGUGAAUAGAAUAACUUGAAUACUGUAGCAAUAAGCUGGACUAGUGUCUUAAUGGCUAACUGAUGAAUUAGGAGCCAUAUGACAGCAGGCCACUAGUGACAGUUUCUGUUAUGUUCCUAUGGAAACAUUUUGUACUGUACAUGCUAUGCUUAAAACAGUCAAAACUUGAUGUUUUGAAUGAAUAAAACUGUGUAAACCACAUAAUUUCUGUACAUCCCAAAGGAUGAGAACAUGACCUUUAAGAAAAGUAGAAAUUUUGUAAAUUAUUGAUGAUGCUACUUUUAUAAUUCUUAUGACUCUAUUUUCUUUUACGCAUUUGUAUAUUCUAAUAGCAUACUGUGUAUGUUUUAUAUCAAAUGCCUUUUCGAAUCUUUCUUAUGAAUAUCUAUUUUUAACAUUGUAAAGUAUUUGAGUGUAGUAAUGUUUUUACAUUAUGCAAAUGAAACCCAACACUUUUGUCCA